UUCAGACCGCAGUCUGCCACCCAGACAAACCCAUCUUACAACGAUGGAAAUGAGCAGCCUCUCCACCGGCGCACAGACCACCCCAAUCCCUGUUCCGCAUCAGCUCAGCUGCUCCACCGUAGAUGGUUCCCAGUUUCAUGGUAAUAUGGACGGGCAGUGCGCCGGGUCCUCCAAAGUCUUACUGGCUUACAAAAACGCAUCGCAACACCUGAGCUCUUCGGGGAUUAAAGCGGGUUUGGGGAUACUCAAAGUAGCCACGUCCCAGUGGAAACAGGAAAAAAAGACGCGCUCGGGGCCCGCCGUAAGGCAACUGUCCGCUGCCAACAGCAGCCAUCCCUGCAAGAGAUCCCCACUGGAUCAGCUGGCGGCUCUGGUCCUUCAUGGUCAAACCCGGCACCAUCAGAUUGGCCACGAGCACCGACAAGAUGCCCUUUGCUCCACCAAGCCGCAAAACUGUAAGCGCAUCGUAGUUCUUGGUGCGCCACGGGUCGGCAAGACUUCCAUCCUGAGAAGAUACCUUCGGGACGGAUUUGUGGAGGAGUACAGUCCCACCUCCGAGGAUUUCCUCAGGAAACUGUUUCGUAUCCGCGGGGAGACCUACCAAAUUGACAUCCUGGACGCGUCCAGGGAAAGGGAUUUUCCAGCCAAGCGGCGACUGUCUAUACUCACUGGAGACAUUUUUCUUCUCGUAUUCAGUCUAGAUGACCGGAGCUCUUUCGAAGAGGUGUGCGCCCUGCGAACGGAGAUUCUUGCUGCUAAAUCCAAACUCACCAAAUCCUCUGUGCCAGAGCAGUGCGCACAGCUCCAGGUUCCCUUGUUGGUCUGCGCCAACAAGGUGGAUCUCCUGGAGUCUGAGAGAGAAAUAUCAAAGGCAGAGGUGCUCCAAGCCCUCGGUGAUGACUGUGCCUAUUUUGAAACAUCUGCAAAGGACAGCACUAAUCUGGAGAAAGUCUUCGAGACUUUGGCAAAGAGAGGCGGUCUACCGACUGAAACGGGUCCGUCUCAGCACCGCAAAGUCUCCCUGCGUUCUUACCAGGCGAUACGGACUGGCCGUGUGGCGGGGAGGGGGAGCCAGACGCCGGGGCGCGAAGAUCCAUGUGGCGCCCUGUACCCACUUGCACGUCGGCCGAGUUUUAGCACUGAUCUCCGAAAAGUCAUUGGACCAAAUACGGGAAGGAAGCCCGGCAAAGCACGGGAGAAAUGUCAGAUUCAAUAAGAGUAAAGUAGACUAUGAGACGAAUGAAGAAAGGCAUCGA